ACCUUCCCAUCACACUUCAGUCCCUUAGAGACUGCCUUUGGGAAUGGAGGGCAACCAAUCAUGGAUCACAGAAUUCAUCCUGCUGGGCUUCCAGCUCAGUGAAGACAUGGAAUUGCUCCUCUUUGUUAUCUCCAUCCUGUUAUAUACCUUCAACCUGCUGGCAAAUGGCACGAUCUUGGGACUCAUCUUGCUUGACCCCAGACUGCACACCCCCAUAUACUACUUUCUGUCUCAUCUGGCCAUCACCGACGUAGCGUAUGCUUCCAGUCAUUUGCCCAAUAUGUUGGAAAACCUAGUGAAACACAAGAAAACCAUCUCCUAUUUCUCAUGCACCAUGCAGAUGGUUUCCUAUUUGGCCUUUGCUUCUGUAGAGUGCCUGACUUUGGUGGUCAUGUCAUAUGACCGGUUUGUGGCGAUCUGCCUCCCACUGCAGUACACGGUCAUCAUGAACUGGAGGGUGUGCACGUUCCUGGCCAUUGCUUGCUGGGUAUGUGGAUUUUCCUUGGCCAUAGUCCAAGGAAGUCUGUUUCUACGGCUGCCCUUCUGUGGGCCCCAGAAGGUAAACCACUUCUUCUGUGAAAUCCGAUCUGUCCUCAAAGUGACCUGUGGAGAAACCUGGAUCAAUGACAUUUUCCUCCUUGCAGAUGGUGUCUUUAUCUUAAUUGCUCCCAUUUCCCUGGUGCUGGUCUCCUACACGCAAAUCCUCAGGGCCAUCGUGAAGAUUCAGUCAAAGGAGGGCCGCAAGAAAACCUUCUCCACCUGCUCCUCCCACCUCUGUGUGGUUGGGUUCUACUUUGGCAUAGUCCUGAUGGUGUACAUGAUCCCUGACGAUGAUAAUCGAGAGGAGCCGCAGAAAAUCCUUUUCCUGUUUUACACUUUCUUCAACCCAUUACUGAACCCCCUCGUCUACAGUCUAAGGAACGCUCAAGUGAAGGCUGCCUUCCACAGAGUACUGCAGAAAAGGAGGACAGUGUGA